GAGAGAGAGAGAGGGGCCUGUGUAUUGUAUGUGAGAGCAGCAGCAGCAGCUCAGACUCUGCAGCAGAAUCUCUGUAGCUGCAUCACAGCAUCCUCACCGUCCGUGAUGCCUUCACGGCCAAAGCCUCUCUGCGCCGCUGCGUCCACUUGACAACACCGCGCAGACAUGAAGCUGAUGAGCCCGGACACUGUUCUACACUAAAGCCCAGCCCGGAGUGCUCCAGCCCCGCACCGAGACGAAAGAAAGAAAGAAAAAAAAAGAAGAAGAAGAAGAUAAAAAAAAAAGAGAGAGUGAAGAGAAGAGAGGGAUUUUUUGAUGGAAAAUGGCGAUAGGAAAACGUUCCUGCAGCGCCGUCUGCCUGCUGUCUCUCCAGAUGAUCAUGAUCUUGUUCAGCGCGUCGUCGUGGCCCGGAGCGGCGGCUCUCACCUUCCCUCAGCAGUACACGAUAAUGCACUGGGCCCGGAGGAUCGAGCAGGAGAUUGACAGAGUCUUUCAACAAAUCACCGGCGCUCAGCAGCUGAAAGGGAUCUACAACGAAGAGAGAAGACGAUUUGCUCUCAUCAGAAAUCAUCCUCGGAAGAUUGUGGAGAAAGUGGCUUCAGACAUCGAGAAGCUUCUGGCUAAGAAACGCAAAGCCCUGGUUAGGUUGGCCAGUGAAGCAGAGCGACUGCAGCGGGAGCAUCCGUGGCAGGAUGGAAUCAAGGAACUGGACAUGGCCUACUACGACUCCAAGGCUGCAGUGGAUUAUUAUUCCCUGGAUGGGGAGGGGGAGGUGGAGAACCCCUCCCACAUCAAACUGGAGUUCGUUUACGAUCCAAACUUCAAGAACAACGUCAACUACUCGUACACGGCCGUCCAGAUUCCCACAGAUAUUUAUAAAGGAGCACCCAUCAUUCUGAAUGAGCUGAACUGGACUCAGGCGCUGGAGAAGGUCUUCAUGGAGAACAGUCGGGAGGAUCCGUCACUGCUGUGGCAGGCGUUUGGGAGCGCCACCGGAGUCACGCGCUACUAUCCAGCUACACCCUGGAAAGCUCCAGAUAAAAUUGACCUGUACGAUGUGAGGAGGAGACCCUGGUAUAUCCAGGGAGCCUCGUCUCCUAAAGACAUGGUGAUUCUCGUCGAUGUGAGCGGCAGUGUGAGUGGACUCACACUAAAACUGAUCAAAGCAUCGGUGAUGGAAAUGUUGGACACGCUGUCUGAUGACGACUACGUCAACGUGGCCAGAUUUAAUGAGAAGGCCGAGGCCGUGGUCCCGUGUUUCAAACAUCUGGUUCAGGCCAAUGUGCGGAACAAGAAGAUCUUCAAGGAGGCGGUGCAGCAGAUGCAGGCCAAAGGAACCACCGACUACAAGUCCGGAUUCCAUUUUGCAUUCAACCAGCUUUUAAACAAAACAAAUGUCCCCAGAGCCAACUGUAAUAAAAUCAUCAUGUUGUUCACUGAUGGAGGAGAGGACAGAGCCCAGGAGGUCUUCAUGCAGUACAACUGGCCCAACAAAACCGUUCGGGUGUUUACCUUUUCUGUGGGUCAGCAUAACUAUGAUGUCACACCCUUACAAUGGAUAGCGUGUACCAACAAAGGUUACUAUUUCGAGAUCCGUUCCAUCUGUGCCAUAAGGAUUAACACCCAGGAGUACCUUGACGUUCUGGGUCGCCCAAUGGUUCUGGCCGGCAGCGAUGCCAAACAGGUUCAGUGGACCAAUGUGUACCAGGAUGCUUUGGGUCUCGGCAUGGUCGUCACUGGAACUCUGCCUGUGUUUAAUCUCACCAUGGAUGGAAACCUACAGGUAACCAAACUGGUCAUGACGUCACAGCAGCUGUGAGCGUUUUUCUCUGCA